AUAUGUCAGAGGACUAGAGUAUGUGAUACGUGCGAAGUGACACGAGUAGUCAGUUAGUUGUGUGUUGUCACGAGAUUAAUUGUCACUUUCUACGUUUAACGUUUAAAAUGACUUCUUCGCUGUUGUCCACAUUAAACAGGGGUUUACGCGCUACAGUUCGACUCUGCACCGUGUCUCAGCCCAGAAUCAUCUACAAAUCUAGCUUGAUUGCAGGAGGAAGAUGGUCUGUGAGGUGCUCUUCAAGGUUUACAAACAUGACCGAGACGGCGCGUGGACCACCUGCUUUCGGUAAACACAGAAAAGGUGUGUUAAUGGCCACCGGCGUGUUCGGUAUCGUGGCUGCUGGCGUGUGUCACCUUCAGAAGGCUGAGAUGGCGACCAGGGUGAAGAAGGUGGAGGAAGGAGACGUCGCGGAGAGAUGCAGGAACUUCAUGGCACCGCCGGUCACCGACGUGCGCUUGCUGGAGCAGAGGAAGCACGAGAUGAGCAGCAGGGUGGAGAUGCUCAUCAUGGAGACACAGGCUGAGUUCUGCAGAGCGCUCGAGGAGGUGGACGGAGGAACCUUCAGGGUGGACCGCUGGAGCCGUCAGGAAGGUGGCGGAGGGAUCAGCUGUGUGUUACAGGACAGUAAGGUGUUUGAGAAGGCCGGCGUGAACGUCUCGGUGGUGUACGGUCACCUGUCUGAAGAAGCAGCCAAACAGAUGCGCAGCCGUGGGAAAGAGCUGAAGGCGAAAGAUGGGAAGCUGCCCUUCAUUGCGAUGGGCGUGAGCUCCGUGAUCCACCCCAAAAACCCCCACAUUCCCACAGUGCACUUCAACUACAGAUACUUCGAGGUGGAAGAAGCAGACGGCAAUAAGCAGUGGUGGUUUGGAGGAGGAACAGAUCUGACCCCGGUGUAUAUAAAUGAGGAAGAUGCAGUUCUAUUCCACAGUGUUCUCCGAGACGCCUGUGACAAGCACAACCCUCAGUAUUACCCUGACUUCAAGAAGUGGUGUGACCGUUACUUCCACAUCCGUCAUCGCAGUGAGUCUCGGGGCAUCGGUGGGAUUUUCUUUGACGAUCUGGACUCCCCGAAUCAGGAGGAGGUCUUCAGCUUUGUGAAGAGCUGCGCUAAGACGGUGGUGCCAUGCUACCUGCCCAUCGUCCGGAAACACCUGAAUGACACAUUCACGCAGGAGGAGAAAGACUGGCAGCAGAUCCGCCGCGGCAGGUACGUGGAGUUUAACCUGGUGUACGAUCGCGGAGUGAAGUUUGGCCUCGCCACGCCCGGCUCCAGGAUCGAGAGCAUCAUCAUGUCUCUGCCUCUCACUGCACGGUGGGAGUACAUGCACGAGCCCACUAAAGGCACUAGAGAAGCUGAGAUGUUGAAAGUUCUACGCAACCCUAAGGAGUGGAUCUGAGAACAAACACACACACACACACACACACACACACACACACAAGGUCAUUAUAAUGGUGAUGUCACUGACGCAUCACUUUCAGGUUCAUCGCUGCACCAAUGACAGCUUUUUUUUUUCUUUUUUCUCUUUCAGCCAUCAGACUUUUCCGUCUUUCCUUCUCUCACACUCGCCUUGCUAACACUAACGCUAAACCCUGGUCCGAACGGGGCGUGUCCCGUGUCCAGGACAGUGUCCCAUAUCACUCGUCCAUCUUUGACACUUCUCCUGUAGCCUAGUGUGUGAUUUCUGCUGAUUCAUUGCCUGAUUUUUUUUAUUAGUCUUCAGCUGAUGGGCUUCUGCUCGACUCCUGUGACAUUAUUAUUGUUGUUGUUUUUUGCUGAGACUAUGACACUGGACUGUCUAAUAUGAAUUUCACUCUUCAGGUGACAAAAUAAACACUUUUGUAAUUAUUUUAUAAGAAGUUUAUAGAACGUUAUAAAUGUUGUGAAAGCAGCGUCUGCCUCGAGAGAUCUGAUGUUAAAGGAAAACAAAAAUUUAUUAUUUAAUUUAAUCCUGAUCUCCGUCCAUGUUCGUGCCAUGUCAUAACCACUCACAAGAAUGUUUCAGAAAUGUUUAGACUCCAAACUCGCACACAGGGCAGCUGUUGACAUCUGUAGAUAAACCUACCAUUGUAAAAAAAAAAAAAGAUGAUGGAUGUGAAGGAGAAUGAGAGAUCUUGGUCCUAUUAAAUCUCUUUUAUGUACUCCAUUCUGGAGCGACGCAGUGAAAAGUAGUUCCGGUUAUCAGCACGGUAUCCCUACGCCACUCAAGCCUGAGCUAUGCUGUAACAUUAAAGGAGAAGUUCACUUCCAGAACAAAAAUCUACAGAUAAUUCCCUCACCCCCUCGUCAUCCAUUCUUCCUUCAGUCGUAAAGAAAUGAUGGUUUUUUUUUUUUUGAGGAAAACAUUUCAGGAUUUUUCUCCAUAUAGUGGACUUCAAUGGUUGCCGUGAGUUUGAACUUGAGGUCUGUAGCUCCGCCUACAUCACACGUGACCUUCCAACAUGAUUACGGGGUACAUGGUGCAUCCCAGAGCUAGCACUAGACGAGCUUUUGUAGUUAAAAAGUAUACAAUUUUUUAUUUUUCUAAGAAAAUGAGUGAUGGUUUGUCUAGAUCAGAGUCUUCUUCCUGGGCUGGGAUGGAGGUUUAGAGCCCUUUGAAGCUGCAUUUAAACUGGAAGGUCAAACUCACGGCCACCAUUGAAGUCCACUAUAUGGAGACAAAAAAAUCCUGAAAUGUUUUCCUCAAAAAGCAUCAUUUCUUUAUGACUGAAGAAAGAAAGGAAAUUAUCUGUAGAUUUUUGUUCUGGAAGUGAACUUCUCCUUUAACACAGCCUCAUGAGCCUUAAGUCCUCCAUCUCUGACAGGUUUAGAGCUUCAGAGUGUUUCACAAGAAGUUAAAUAAACAUUUUAUUAGAAAUAUUUGACCACUGCCCUCAGACUGCUUCGGGUUCCUGCUGGUGAAACCUCUAGAAAUCCAUCCGACUUUCCCUUUAAUCUUCAGCUGGAGUCGUUGAAAUGACGUCUGACCGACAGGCUAGUUUCAGAAAGCUGGAGCUACGUAUCGUAGGUGAGGGAUGUUGUAAUUACACCUUUAUAAAGCCUUUUUUAUUUUAUAAAAAAAAACAUUUCUAGUUAUUUUGCCUUUGCUUUUUAAUAAGAAUGAGAAUCUAAUCGGAAUUUUGUACCUUUAUUCUGACCAAUCUCAAAUAAAAGAUAUCUUUGUAACACUAUUUCUAGAGGUGUGAUUUUUAUUUCCAUUCUUCGGACCAAUCAGAGUGAAGAAUUAAGCAUCACUGUGGUGAAAAACGUCUUAGCUGAGUUACUAUGGAAACGGUAACGCAUCAGAGAUGACCGAUGAACAUCACAGUGAAACCAACCGAAGGGUUUUGGGUCAAAAUACAUUUAUUACAUAAAAAAUUCAAGCUCAAUAAUUCUCCCAAAGAAAAAUCUUUUUUUUUCCCCCAAA